UAAAUAAUCGAAAUAAAAAUCUAAAUAAUAGCCGCAAUUGUUAUAGGUUGCCGCCGAGGUGAGCAUCAGUGAUUCCAUCGUCCCGGGAUCUAACAACCGUCGCAGCAUUGGCAGGGGUAGGAUGCUCGUACUAGUGGUGAAAUGUCGGUGACGCAAAAGUUUAUUCACUUGCGUGCGAUGUCAUAGUUAUUCCAUUAUUAGUGAGACAGCACACAAUGGCGCUACUAUUUGCCGUAAUCGUCAUAAUGAUCACCACGGCCAUGUCCCUGCCGCCGGUCAUUAGAAUCGGUGCAAUAUUUACAGAAGAUCAGAAGGACAGUCCCUCAGAGUUGGCAUUUAAAUACUCAGUUUAUAAAAUUAAUAAAGAAAAAGUCCUUUUGCCCAAUACCACUGUGGUGUACGAUAUCCAGUACGUGCCUAAAGACGAUUCGUUUCGAACGUCAAAGAAAGCUUGCAAGCAGUUAUCUCGAUCCGUGCAAGGGAUUUUUGGCCCAUCGGAUCCGCUUCUCGGCGCCCACAUUCAGAGCAUCUGCGAAGCACUGGACGUGCCUCACCUUGAAGCCAGAGUGGACUUUGAGCCGACCUUUAAAGAGUUCAGUAUCAAUCUCUAUCCCGCUCAGGAUCAUCUCAACCGGGCCUUUAGAGACCUCAUGACAUUUCUUAACUGGACUAAAGUCGCCAUCGUCUACGAAGAGGAUUAUGGUUUAUUUAAAUUACAAGACUUGGUAAAAUCACCUCCUUCGUCGAAAACGGAAAUAUACAUUCGCCAGGCUGGACCUGGAUCGUAUAGACAAGUCCUUAGAGAAAUUCGACACAAGGAAAUUUACAAAUUAAUUAUCGAUACAGAUCCUUUGUACAUGCAACAAUUUUUUCGAGCAAUAUUACAACUUCAAAUGAAUGACUACAGAUAUCACUAUAUGUUCACAAGCUUUGACAUUGAAACGUUCGAUCUCGAAGAUUUUAAGUACAAUAGUGUAAACAUGACUGCCUUUCGAUUAGUCGAUUUAGAACAGCCUAAAGUCAUUGAAACAUUAAAACAAAUGGAAAGAUUUCAACCAGUUGGUCAUGCAAUACUUAACAGAUCAGGAAUCAUACAGGCGGAGCCGGCGUUGGUGUACGACAGCGUGCAGGUGUUUGCCCAUGGAUUGGCAGCACUUGAUCGCAGUCACGUUCUGCGUCCCGCCAACUUGUCCUGUGAGCGGGAGGAGCCCUGGGACGACGGCCUCUCGCUCUAUAAUUACAUUAAUUCCGCGAGUUUACAAGGUCUAACCGGUCACAUUGAAUUCAACGAAGGUAAACGAACGAAUUUCAAAUUGGAUCUGCUCAAGUUAAAAAAAGAAGAGCUCGUGAAGGUUGGUGAGUGGAAGCUCGGCACUGGAGUGAACAUCUCCGAUGUCGGUGCUUUUUACGAAACAACCACCACUAACAUUACGCUCAUCGUUAUGACAAGAGAGGAAAAGCCUUACGUAAUGGUGCGAGAAGAUAAAAAUCUAACGGGAAAUGCAAGAUUCGAAGGAUUUUGCGUCGAUCUACUUAAGUGGAUCGCCGGUCAGGUCGGUUUUCAAUAUGCCAUACGUCUGGUACCCGACCAUAUGUAUGGGGUCUACGAUCCCGAAACCAAACAGUGGAAUGGUAUAGUGCGAGAACUCAUGGAGAAAAGAGCCGAUCUCGCCGUGGCGUCAAUGACGAUAAAUUACGCGCGAGAGAGCGUCAUUGAUUUCACCAAGCCCUUCAUGAACCUUGGCAUUGGAAUUUUAUUUAAGGUACCGUCCAGUCAGCCGACGCGGCUCUUCUCCUUCAUGAAUCCCCUAGCGGUGGAGAUCUGGCUUUACGUCCUCGCGGCGUACAUGCUCGUCAGCUUUACCCUCUUCGUCAUGGCACGCUUCAGCCCUUACGAGUGGAACAAUCCCCAUCCGUGCCUGGGUGAAACGGAUCUCGUCGAGAACCAGUUCACCAUCAGCAACAGCUUCUGGUUCAUCACCGGCACAUUUCUCAGGCAGGGUAGCGGACUCAACCCCAAGGUAUACUCAACGAGGUAUCGACUUUUCUCGUACUUGAAUCCCUUAGCGGUGAAAAUCUUUUUCCUGAUCGUGAUGAACUCCCUGACGAUUUGCAUCGUCGCCUGGUUCUCAUCGUACUAGUGGGCCACCUCAGCUGCAAGUGAGCCCUACAGAUAGGCUCCUAGCCCCCAACGGCCACGAGGACGUUCACGACACAGCUCCUUGGACUCAGAAACCGAGAAUUUACCAUUACCAUAAUACAUCAACGAUUUCAUCCUCGCCAACAGCUUUUCGUUGACUGUUGGCACCCUCGUGCAGCAACAGGGCACCGCUCUCAACCCUAAGGCAACGAGCACGAGAAUCGUCGGCGGCAUAUGGUGGUUCUUUACCUUGAUCAUUAUAUCCUCGUACACGGCCAACCUCGCUGCCUUCCUCACGGUCGAGAGGAUGAUCACGCCGAUCGAGAAUGCGGCCGACCUGGCCGAGCAAACUGACAUACCCUAUGGCACUCUACAAGGCGGAAGCACCAUGACCUUCUUCAGAGAUUCGAAAAUAGCGAUAUACAAAAAAAUGUGGAGGUUCAUGGAAUCGAAGCAGCCAUCCGUCUUUGUCUCCGAUUACGAGGAAGGCGUCAAGCGGGUUCUCGAGGGGAACUACGCGUUCCUAAUGGAGUCCACAAUGCUAGAUUACGCUGUUCAAAGGGACUGCAACUUGACGCAAAUAGGAGGCCUACUGGACAGCAAAGGGUAUGGCAUAGCUACGCCCAAAGGUUCUCCGUGGAGAGAUAAAAUAUCUUUGGCCAUUCUGGAACUACAGGAAAAGGGUGUUAUUCAAAUUCUUUACGACAAGUGGUGGAAGAAUACCGGUGACGUAUGUAACAGAGAUGAGAAGAGUAAAGAGAGUAAAGCUAAUGCUCUGGGUGUAGAAAACAUCGGUGGGGUUUUCGUAGUUUUACUCUGCGGCUUAGCUCUUGCAAUCCUGGUAGCAAUUUUGGAAUUUUGCUGGAACUCAAAGAAGAACGUCCAAUCCGACCGGUCCUUGUGCGUGGAGAUGGCCUCGGAAUUGCGGUUCGCAGUGCGGUGCGGCUCGCGUCAGCGGCCCACUGCCAAGUUGCGCUCCUCCGCGUCUCAGGCGGCGAUCUCCUGCAGCCGCUGCAGCUCGCACUCCUCGAUGCGACGGAGCCGCUAUUGCCAGAGCCACGAGGAGACCACCUACGUACCGAGCAUCGAUAUACCUUGGCUAAAUGGUCAGGAAGCUGGUGCGUUGGUGAUGACGGAGAUGAAGAAAUCAUUGAGCUACGAUCAAAUAGCGGCGGAGCCCAGCGGGGACACCUAGCACAGGCUUCUAUCGCAGCAUCGCCAGCAGUCAUUGCAGCAGCAACAGCAUCAGCAUCAGCAACAGC